GCGACAUAGUUCCUUCAUCGAGAAAACUGUAGAAGAAGAGCCUCCCGGCACCGUUUCUUCUUCUUCUGUUUGUUGAGUUAACAUGGCAACAGUUAAAGUUAGCGAGGCUGAAAAGGUGUACAUUCUACACGGAAUAAGAGAUGAUUUACGUGUGGAUGGAAGAAGCUGUGAGGACUACCGACACAUGGAAGUGGAGACGGAUGUGGUCUCAAACACUGAUGGAUCUGCCAGAGUCUCCCUGGGACACACCGCCGUCCUGGUUGGGAUUAAAGCAGAAAUAGGAAAACCAAGACCACUGGUUCCAGAUGAAGGAUACCUGGAGUUCUUUGUUGAUUGCUCUGCCAACGCCACCCCCGAGUUUGAAGGCAGAGGAGGUGAGGAGCUAGGGAUCGAGCUGAGCAACACUCUCUACAGAGUCUUCAACAACAAGAACAGCAUAGACCUGAAGGGCCUCUGCAUCAGUGCUGGGGAGCACUGCUGGGUUCUCUAUGUAGAUGUCCUGCUGCUGCAGUGUGACGGCAACCUGUACGACGCCAUCUCUGUCGCCAUCAAAGCGGCACUCUUCAACACAAAAAUCCCUAGAGUCCACAUGUCGUCGGACGAUGAAGGCGGGAAGGAGGUGGAGCUUUCAGACGACCCGUUUGACUGCGUGAGGCUGAGCGUGGAAAAUGUUCCCUGCAUCGUGACGCUGUGUAAGGUGGGCCACAGACACGUAGUGGACGCGACUCUGCAGGAGAAGGCGUGCUCGGUGGCGAGCCUCAUCAUCGCCGUCACGCACAGGGGCACGGUGACUUGCGUCAAAAAGGUGGGCGGCGGGAGCCUGGAUCCAGAGAGCAUCUUCGAAAUGACAGAGGCGGGCAAACGAGUCGGGAAAGCUCUUCACGCUCCACUCAUGAAGCUGCUGCAGCAGGAAGAGAGUCUGGGAAAGAAGAGAGAAAAAGUUGGCUUUCUUGGCUGAAAUAAACUUUACUGUGUACUUUCAUUUUUUUUUUACAUAAAGCACAUUUAACAUUUUCUAUAAA